CCCCCAUUUGGCACUAUCUUAGGCCUAACACACUAUAUAACCUGAGGCCUUUCUGUGUUAUUCACGUCCCUCAUAACAACCCUCCACUCCUACUUCAGCCUCUCUCUCUCUCUCUCUCUAAAUCUCUUCCUAGAGUUUCCUUUAAGGGUCUCUCAAUAAAAUUUAAUGGAUAAGUUAGAGAAAUGUGGUGCCAACUAUGCCCCUCUUUCCCCUGUAACUUUCUUAAAUAGAGCCUCUAAGGUUUAUGCCAACCGUACCUCUGUUAUAUACCAGGGUACCUGCUUCACAUGGAGGGAGACAUACCAACGUUGCUGUGCUCUUGCUUCUUCUCUUCUUACUCUUAACAUUGUCAAGAAUGAUGUUGUAUCUGUGUUGGCUCCUAACAUUCCAGCCAUGUAUGAGAUGCAUUUUGCAGUGCCUAUGGCUGGUGCUGUGCUUAACACUAUUAAUGCCCGGCUCGAUUCCAAAAACAUAGCUGCUAUUCUCCGGCACUCUGAAGCCAAGGUCUUCUUUGUGGAUUGUCAAUUUGUGUCAGUAGCAAGAGAAGCUCUCCUCUUACUUGUGGCCGAGUCGUCCAAUAUCCCUUUGGUGAUUGUCAUCGAUGAUGUUGACACACCAACAGGUGUUCGGCUAGGCGAAUUGGAGUACGAGGAACUUGUCAAAAAGGGCAAUCCUAGCAACAAGUAUCUUCCUAGUGAGCAUGAGCUAGAUGAGUGGGAUCCAAUUGCUUUGAAUUACACAUCAGGAACAACAUCUGAGCCUAAAGGUGUUGUGUACAGCCAUAGGGGUGCUUAUCUUAGCACUCUAAGCCUAGUCCUUGGAUGGGAAAUGGGAAGUGAGCCAGUGUAUUUGUGGACACUUCCUAUGUUCCAUUGUAAUGGGUGGACUUUCACAUGGGGCAUAGCAGCACGCGGGGGGACCAACGUGUGUUUGCGCAACACCACAGCACAUGACAUCUACAGCAACAUUUCUAUGCACAAAGUCACACAUAUGUGUUGUGCACCUAUCGUGUUCAACAUCAUUUUACAAGCUGGACCCAAUGAGCGCAGAGAUAUCACCACUCCGGUCCAAAUACUCACCGGUGGAGCACCUCCACCUGCAGCACUGCUCGAAAAAAUUGAACCACUUGGGUUCCAUGUCACACACGCUUAUGGCCUUACCGAGGCAACAGGACCUGCCCUGGUGUGUGAAUGGCAAACCAAGUGGAAUCAACUGCCAAAAGAUAAACAGGCAAAGCUUAAGGCACGUCAAGGUAUUAGCAUACUAACUCUAGCAGAUGUUGACGUCAAGGAUUUGAAAACGAUGGCAACUGUGCCAUAUGAUGGAAAAACCAUGGGGGAGAUAGUCCUGCGUGGGAGUAGUAUCAUGAAGGGGUAUUUCAAGGACCAAAAGGCUACAUCCAAAGCCUUCAAGGAUGGUUGGUUCUUAACAGGUGAUGUUGGCGUUGUACAUCCAGACGGGUACUUAGAAAUCAAGGACCGGUCUAAAGAUGUUAUCAUUUCUGGAGGUGAAAACAUCAGCAGUGUAGAAUUGGAGUCAGUUCUGUAUAAACACCCAAGAGUCCUUGAAGCAGCAGUAGUAGCAAUGCCACACCCUCGUUGGGGAGAGAGUCCCUGCGCUUUUAUCUCAAUCAGAAAGAACUCCAGUGGAAAAACAAAGGAUGUGACUGAGACAGAGAUCAUAUCCUAUUGCAGGAAAAAUCUUCCCCGUUUCAUGAUUCCAAAGAAGGUGGAAUUCUUGCCGGAGCUACCAAAGAAUGCAACAGGAAAGAUUUUGAAGAAUGAACUGAGGGCUAAAGCAAAUGACCUUGUGAUUGUCGCCGAGAAUCUUUCAAACCACAAGUCCACCCAAGUCACACCCCAACUUGCUCCUCAACCUCAAUAUAAUAAUGGCGAGCAGAUUAUGGCCAUGUCCCGGCUCUGAAAGUUUUAUUAAGCUCGGAAUAAAAUAUGUACAGUACUCUGUUUUGUUAUCUGAUAUUUUUAAAUAUGUUAUCAGUUAACUAUAUAGUAUCUAUUAAGUUAUAUUAGGUGGAGUUGGUCGAAUCUGAAUUUCGAAGAGCUAAUACAAGUAAUAAAAAUGUUUCUUUUUUUGGGUUGCCCAA